AUGUCCUCCAUAUUACUUUUUUUCGUAGUUUUUCAAUAUUUGUUAAUUUCGUUUUCUGGUACGUCUUACAAAAGGUUUGUAGUAGAUGGAGCUUCAAUUUUUUUAAGAAAUCCCUACAAAAUAACUUUGGGGAAAUCAGAAAAAAAGGGAAAAGUUUUUAGCGAGUUUUCGGAGGAGGAAGAUUCAAUAGUUCGUCGCGACACAGAAAAAAAAAAAAAGUGGUUUGGAAAAGGGAAUGAUGUAAAUAAAAAGGUAAAGGAGAAGAAGAAUGUUAUUCUAGAAGAAAAACAAAUUGGUAAGGAGGAAAAUAAUUUGGUUGGACAACAAAACGAUUCGGUUGGACAACAAAACGAUUCGGUUGGACAACAAAACGAUUCGGUUGGACAACAAAACGAUCCGGUUGGACAACAAAACGAUUCGGUUGGACAACAAAACGAUCCGGUUGGACAACAAAACGAUCCGGUUGGACAACAAAAUGAUUAUGUUGGACAACAAAACGAUUCGGUUGGACAACAAAAUGAUUAUGUUGGACAACAAAAUGAUUAUGUUGGACAACAAAACGAUCCGGUUGGACAACAAAACGAUUCGGUUGGACAACAAAAUGAUUAUGUUGGACAACAAAACGAUCCGGUUGGACAACAAAACGAUCCGGUUGGACAACAAAACGAUCCGGUUGGACAACAAAACGAUUCGGUUGGACAACAAAAUGAUUAUGUUGGACAACAAAACGAUCCGGUUGGACAACAAAAUGAUUAUGUUGGACAACAAAAUGAUUAUGUUGGACAACAAAAUGAUCCGGUUGGACAACAAAACGAUCCGGUUGGACAACAAAACGAUCCGGUUGAACAAGAAGACAACGUUGGUAUUGUAAAAAAGGAAAAAAAAGAAAAAAUUAUUGUAGAGAAAGAAAACGAAAUAGGAGUAAUUGAAAGAGAAAAUAUUUCUGGUGUAGAAGUAAUUAAUAAAGAUAGUGAAGAAGAUAUUUAUAAUUCAAAUGUGGAUAAGAAUUUCCCCGCUGAUGAUAAUAAUAGAGAUGAAAUUUUGGUAAGGAGAAAAAAGGUUUCUAAUAAAGAUAGCUUAUUUAUGAAUGAUAUAAUACGAGGAGAAAACGAAGAUAAUGAUGAUGAUAAUGAGGAGGAGGAAGAAAAAGUAAGUAAAAAUUUGGAAAAUGUAAAAUUAGGUGAAUUAUCUAAAUUACAAUAUAUUUUUGGAACAAAUAUUACAGAUAAUGAUGAUGAUAGUGAGAUUCGUAGUGAAAGUGAAAUAGAUGAUAUAGAUGAAUUAGAUGAAGAAGAAUAUGAUUGGACGGAGCAUGUAUAUAAUUAUAAGCCUACCACUUAUUUAUUACCUGGGUUGGGAGGAAGUACAUUAAUAGCAGAAUAUAAGAAUGCAACAAUUCAUAGUUGUAGUAGGUAUUUAUUGAAUUCGAAACCUUUUCGUAUUUGGAUAAGUUUAAGUAGAUUACUUUCUAUUCAAUCGAAUAUAUAUUGUACGUUUGAUACAAUACGUUUAAAAUAUGAUGAGAAAAAGAAUAUAUAUUAUAAUCAACCAGGAGUAUUUAUAGAUGUCGAGAAGUUUGGUAAUCUUAAGGGUAUAGAAUAUUUAGAUUAUUUUAAUAAUACAGGUAUAGGAAUAACAAAAUAUUUUAAUGUGGUUGGACAAUAUUUUACAUCUCAUGGAUAUGUGGAUGGAGAAAGUAUUAUAGGAGCUCCAUAUGAUUGGAGAUAUCCAUUAAGUCAACAAAAUUAUAAAAUUCUUAAAGAACAUAUAGAAUAUAUAUAUGAGAAGAGAAAUGGUACAAAGGUUAAUUUAAUAGGACAUAGUUUGGGAGGUUUAUAUUUAAAUUUCUUCUUAAGUCGUGUAGUAAGCAAAAAAUGGAAGCAAAAACAUCUGAGUAAAAUUAUAUUUAUUAGUACACCUUUUAAAGGAUCUGUUAAAACAAUAAGGGCAUUAAUUCAAAGUAGGAAAGAUUUCAUAUCAUUUAGAAUUACAAAGUUGAUAAAAUUAUCCAUACCAGAAAGUAUGAUGAAAGCAUUAGGUAAUUCAUUAGGUUCGUUAUUCGAUAUUUUACCUUAUAGGGAAUAUUAUAAAAGAGAUCAAGUUGUGAUAUUAAUAAAUAUGAGUAAUACACCUAUUGAUGAAGAUCAUGUUCAAUAUCUAGUUACAUUAUGUGGUAUUUAUAAACCUGAAUGUUAUCGUAAUAGAGCAGAUGUAAAUUUAAAAGUCUAUACAUUAAAAAAUUGGCAUGAAUUAUUAGAUGAUAAAUUAAAAGCCAAAUAUGAAAAUUAUAAAUUAUAUAGAGAAAGAUAUUAUAAUAAAGACCAUGGAGUACCUAUAUAUUGUCUAUAUAGUACUAUUAAUAAAAAAGAAACUGAAUACUUAUUAUAUUUUGAAACACAAAAUACACGUGAAGAACCUACUAUAUAUUAUGGUACAGGAGAUGGUACUGUAGGUACGGAAAGUUUACAAGCAUGUAGUAAUUUUUACAAUACUGUAUUAACUCAUCACUUUUCUGAUACUAGUCACGUUGGAAUAUUGUAUACUAAUGAAACGGCUAAGUAUAUAUACGACAUUGUAGAAAGUCCAAAUUAA